UACGCCUCAGCACAAACGACAUCAUGCCAUCAAGAGGAGAGCCAGCAGCACUCGUUUCACACAUACCGCGGGCUGACGGCUCUGCGAUAUAUUCUCAUGCCGGCUACACGGUAACAGCGUCGGCAAAUGGACCUAUUGAGGCCCAGAGGCGCGACGAAGACCCGUACGAGGCGCUGGUCGACGUGAUCGUACGACCGGCAGCAGGGGUUGGAGGAACGAGGGAACGCCAUCUAGAGUCUCUCUUGCAAGCCACACUGCGCCAGAUAAUCCUGGUCAAAAACUUUCCUCGCAGCUUGAUCCAAGUUGUGCUGCAGGUGAAGUCAUCACCAGAAAAUGAUUACGCCAACACGAAGCUGGUUCAGGCAAACUUGAACUUGCCGAUUAUACCAGCCCUGCUGCAAGCCGCUGUUUUGGCUCUUCUCUCGGCGGCGAUCCCUCUAAGAGCAACAGCUACCUGUACCGUAAUAGCCGUUGCCGGUGGCACCGAUGGAGAGCCAGAACGCAACCUGAUUCUGGACCCAUCGCCCCGGGAAGCGGAGGCCGCGCGGUCGGUACACGUACUGGCCUUCACCUCAGGGGACAGAUUGAUUCUCGCAGAAAGCGAGGGUCAUUUCACGAUGCAAGAAUGGGCUGAUGUCCAUGCCAAGGCACUGAAGAUCUGUUGCGAACCCGUUCGGGACCCCGGCAACAACGACAUGGACAUGGGCGACGAUAACGGCCCCGAUGUGGACGGUCCCAACAUGCGGCACUUCAUCCGAGAGACAAUGGCCGCCAAGGUCUCGGCAGAUCUUCAUUGGAAAGGCUGAGUGAGGGACGGGGGACUUCUACCGACCGUGCUUGCUUGCUCAUCGAUGAUUGGAGCCUGCCGAGUAUUUCCGAACCAUAGUUUGGACUGGGUCGACGCAACACUCUGUAUUGUACAUCCAUCUGUCUCCUGAGACGCAAAACCGGUAGUGUGAACAGUCUACCAGUUUACUGACAGGAGAAGGGGACAAAAAAAAGGGGGAGGGGAGGGGCAAGAGCAGAGAGGGCUGCUACAGAACCGCGGGACGUGGGCGACGAGCAUGGCUGCAUAUGGCGGUCUCCAAUUGAAUGACCUUUCUGGGAGCUUGGUUCAAUCAUUUUCUCCGAUAAAUUGGCAUGUUUAUCGCGGCUCAAGUCUUUGAUGUUCAAUCGCUGAAAAAUUUCGGUAAAGAGGCUUGUGGGGGGCCUGUACCUGCUACUUACAACGUUCUCAAACAUUAUGUGGAUUUCGUUACAGGGCUUGCGCUUGGAAACGACGACGUUUCAUCUCAGCCCUUUUCCAGCUUCCUUAGUGGCGUGGUUCUAGGCGCCGAAGAGAAAAAAAAAAAGGGCUUUCUCCAGCGGUUGACGGGGCGUUGAUCCAGCCUGUUCUCCUGUUGGUAGAUUGUCGGGUUUGGUAGCAACGCUUGCAACGGUAGGUCGCUGGGAUCCCUGAGAACCAUUUUUGUUUGGCAGGGCCCCAGUCGGGCCUGGACAUGUUGUAACCUAAGACCCGCCCUCUCUAACGCGCAGAGAACAGCGAGCUCAGCAAAACAAGCAGACAGUAUGCACAGACAGCAUAGAGAAUGAAUUGUGUUGCAGGAAGGUAUAUGUGUCGACUGUGGUCAAAUUCAAAACGAUUUCUUCCCUUAUUUAACGAGAUCUUCAUACUUACUUGACAAGGUCGUAUUGAUUGACCCAGUUGACGCAUCACCUUGAAUAUUUUCUGGGUGGUAUUGAUGAUGCACAGGGUACAUAGUAGUGAGCAUGUUGUUUCUUGAGGGGCUACCGAGCAAGACGACCCCAUGUGUGAUCUACUUGUGUGGGUCAGACGCAAGGAGGACACUGGCAUGAACCCCUUUUGCAGCCAUCCAAGGACAUUCAUUGGUCGCUAGAGCCAAGAGUGCAGGCCGUCAAAGUCAGGAUGACUUCGGACGACCUCUUUUG